UCUCUAGCUGGAGCUCUGGGUCCGAUGCAGGACCGACCCUGCCGUGCGCGGGGUGCCGUCCGUCCUGCCGCAGAGUUCGGGGUCCCCGAGCCGGGCCGCCCCUCGGGCGCUGUGCUCGCCGCAGGUCUCGGUCGCUCCGGCGCAGCAGCCGCCCCACCGGCCCUAAAUGGAUCUGAAGACGGCCGUGUUUAACGCCGCUCGCGAUGGCAAACUCCGGCUGCUCACCAAGCUGUUGGCCAGCAAGUCCAAGGAGGAGGUUUCCUCCCUGAUCUCCGAGAAGACCAACGGGGCGACGCCGCUGCUCAUGGCCGCCCGCUACGGGCACCUGGACAUGGUGGAGUUCCUGCUGGAGCAGUGCAGCGCCUCCAUCGAGGUCGGGGGCUCGGUCAACUUCGACGGCGAGACCAUCGAGGGCGCGCCGCCGCUCUGGGCCGCCUCGGCCGCCGGCCACCUCAAGGUGGUGCAGUCGCUGCUGCACCACGGCGCGUCCGUCAACAACACGACGCUCACCAACUCCACGCCGCUGCGCGCCGCCUGCUUCGACGGCCACCUGGAGAUCGUCAAGUACCUGGUGGAGCACAAGGCCGACCUGGAGGUGUCCAACCGGCACGGCCACACGUGCCUCAUGAUCUCCUGCUACAAGGGCCACAAGGAGAUCGCGCAGUACCUGCUCGAGAAGGGGGCCGACGUGAACAGGAAGAGCGUGAAAGGUAAUACUGCCUUGCAUGACUGUGCGGAGUCUGGAAGUCUGGACAUCAUGAAGAUGCUGCUUAUGUAUUGUGCCAAGAUGGAAAAGGAUGGUUAUGGGAUGACUCCGCUUCUCUCUGCGAGUGUGACUGGUCACACAAAUAUCGUGGAUUUCCUGACACACCACGCACAGACCAGCAAGACAGAACGCAUCAAUGCUCUGGAGCUCUUGGGAGCUACAUUUGUAGACAAGAAAAGAGACCUCCUUGGGGCGUUGAAGUAUUGGAAGAAGGCGAUGAACAUGAGGUACAGUGACAGGACGAAUAUCAUCAGUAAGCCGGUGCCGCAGGCGCUGAUCAUGGCCUAUGACUACGCCAAGGAGGUCAACAGUGCUGAGGAGCUGGAGGGCCUCAUCGCCGACCCUGACGAGAUGAGGAUGCAGGCCCUGCUGAUUCGAGAGCGGAUCCUCGGGCCUUCUCAUCCUGACACCUCCUACUACAUCAGGUACAGAGGAGCCGUCUAUGCAGACUCGGGGAAUUUCAAGCGAUGCAUCAACCUGUGGAAGUAUGCUCUUGACAUGCAGCAGAACAACCUGGACCCCCUGAGCCCCAUGACCGCCAGUAGCUUGCUGUCUUUUGCAGAACUGUUCUCCUUUAUGCUUCAAGACAGGGCAAAGGGCCUGCUGGGCACCACUGUGACAUUUGAUGAUCUUAUGGGCAUCCUGUGCAAAAGCGUCCUUGAGAUAGAGCGUGCCAUCAGACAGACUCAGUGUCCCGCCGACCCGCUGCAGCUGAACAAGGCGCUCUCCAUCAUUCUACACUUGAUCUGCUUGCUGGAAAAAGUUCCUUGUACUCUUGAACAGGACCACUUCAAAAAGCAGACUAUCUACAGAUUUCUUAAGCUGCACCCAAGAGGAAAGAAUAACUUCAGCCCUCUGCAUCUGGCUGUGGACAAGAACACGACCUGUGUGGGACGGUACCCUGUGUGUAAGUUUCCAUCCCUCCAGGUGACCGCUAUUCUGAUAGAAUGUGGUGCUGACGUGAACGUCAGAGACUCCGAUGACAACAGUCCCUUACACAUCGCCGCUCUCAACAACCAUCCAGACAUCAUGAAUCUCCUUAUUAAAUCAGGUGCCCAUUUUGAUGCCACAAACUUGCACAAACAAACUGCUAGUGACUUGCUGGAUGAGAAAGAAAUAGCUAAAAAUUUGAUCCAGCCCAUAAAUCACACCACGUUGCAAUGUCUUGCCGCUCGUGUCAUAGUGAGUCAUAGAAUUUAUUAUAAAGGGCAUAUCCCAGAGAAGCUGGAGACCUUUGUGUCGCUUCACAGAUGAUAGUCUGUGCUUGCGCAGUCACAGUCGCUUCAUGAAUGAGCACUGUUGUGAGAACACCAGCAUUCAUUUAGCUUGACAUUGUUGUGCUCUCCUUGGCUAACGCGUUAUAAGCAUCAAAUUUACAGGAUUGGUUUCCCAGUAUUUAAUAUAAAUAUACCAUAUAAUAUAUUGUUUGUGAAUUAUUAAGAAAUGUCAUAUUCAGAUUUUUAGAACUGUCUGCCAAAGGCUACCCAUUCUGGUUCUGUUUGCUGUUGGUGUUUGGGGCAGAGUUAACCAGUCUUCAGUGGUGUCUUUAUACUUACACUGGUUUGAAUUUUAUACAGCUGAAGGUCUUUUUUCUUCUCCUCUGGUUCCACAUUACUUUUUCCCUGGCCAUUUCUACCACGAUUUCCGCCCUUAUGGACCCGUGCUAGGUUGUACAAACAUGGACUUGUUACCGUCUGCAGUUACCAUAAGUGCUUUAUCUUCUCUAUGCACUGGCUUAAACUGGACUGUUGUAUGUUAGCACAUUUCUAUGCAGCAGUUGGUCGACUUAACUCAGAAACUCUUGAAUUUGUUACAAAGUUUGUUUUAUUAAAGCAUGACAAUUUCUAGAGCCACA